GCCACAGACGAUUGUGAAUGACCAAAGUCAGCCGGCGGCUUUGAUCUUCAUGUCCUCAUGGCUUCAGACGAGUUCAAAUGUAUUUCCAAACGGUCGCCUUGGUCGUCCCUGACAGUUAUUCCCAUAAGAGACGAAUGCAGUUCGAGUCGGGCUCCAGUAGAUUUCCAAUGAAGCAUCUCCAGAAACCCUCCUGAUGACAUCCACAGGCUGGAGUCUUUCUUCCUACUGAGGACAGAACAUGUUCAAGUCAAAUUAUCGACGGGGGAGGGCCAGCCAGGUCACGGCUCGAGGCGGUUGGUUGGCUUCACAUGCCAUCUUGAGUCGGAGCGCAGUGCUCUGAAGAGGAGAGAGUGGGAGAGGAGGAACCAGGAGGUCCAGCAAGAUGAAGACUUGUUCUCAACUGGAUUUAACCUCUUUGGAGAACCGUAUAAAACUAAUAAGGGCGAUGCAUUGGCCAACCGAGUCCAGAACACCCUGGGCUCCUACGAAGAAAUGAAAGACCUGCUAACCAGCCACUCCAACCAGAGCCACUUGGUGGGAAUCCCCAAAGGCAGCGCUGCGAGCAGCAACCAGCAGCAAGCGGCGGGCUCCUCCGCCGCCGACAGAUCGGCCACAGAGUCCCAGCUGUUCAACGAGGCCUGGAGAGGAGCAGUGGGCGGUGGAGGAGGAGGAGGAGCAGAGGGAAGCGGGGAAAAGAGGACGGGAAGCGGCAUUCUGUCGUCGGCCUCCAUGCAGCCGCCCGCCGUCGUCACGGCGUUAUCGAACGCAGCGGUGGCCCCGCACCAGAACGUGAAGAAGUCGAGGAACACCAUGGAGUGGUCGAAGGGAGGUCAAGCGACGGGCCUGGUGGUAGGGUCAGGGGCGCCAGGACAAAACGGACAGGGGCAGGUCCCUGCGGCCUCGGCGGCCAGCCGGGGCAAAAUGACUCUUUUAGAGGAGCAGCAGCUGCAACGGCACGAGGAACUGUUCAGCUCUCUCAAAGAUGAACUGGGUCUGAAAGAGGAAUCAAGCCCUUCUUCCUCGUCUUCAUCCUCUUCCUCGUCCUCUUCCAGAAGGCAUUCGUCCAAAAGCCAUUCCCUACCAGAUGGCGGCAGCUUUCGGCCCUCCACGCUAGACGGUUGCCACUUUAAGUCUUCCUCCAGCGUGGAAAAUGGCGGAUCUUUCAAAACCUCCCCGUUCGAAAAUGAAACGAGUUCUCACCUUUCUUUGUCCUCCUCCCCGCUGGCUUCCACCUCUGUUCUGACAACCCCCACGCCCGGUCUGACCACCCCCACGUCUGGACUGACCACGCCCACUUUCCCACCCGGCUGCCUAUCGGGGAAGCCGAUCGCUAUUCAGCAGAAGCCCACGGCGUACGUUCGACCAAUGGACGGCCAGGACCAGGCACCCAGUGACUCCCCGCAGCUUAAGCCCCCUCCGGUGGCAACAGAGGGGUUUAGCAGCAGCCAAACUUUUGGAGGAACGUCUGGAAACGUGAAGAACAAACUGCCAAAACUGAACCUGAGCCACACGGGCGAGGUCAGUCUGCCAAACGACUCCAGCUGCGUUGAAGAGAUUUUGCGGGAAAUGACCCAUUCAUGGCCUCCUCCGCUCACAGCCAUACACACGCCCGGGAAAGCCGACCAGACCAAGUUCCCCAUCCCAAACAAGGAGACCCAGCAUGUGACCUCAGCCUACAGCAUCCAGAAGAGAUGUACGGUGUCGGCUAACAAACCCGCUGCUAAACCGUCCACCGCACCGCAGAAGUCGAUGCUGGAGGAUGACCUGAAGAUCAGCAGUGAUGAAGAAGAAGCUGAACAACAGGUGUCUGACAAGACCAAAGCCAGAAGCUCAGCUCUGAGCGGUGCUUCGGGGAGCAGCAGCGAAUCAGAGAGCAGCUCCGAGUCUGACACAGACGAGUCGGAAAGCAGCUCCAGUGACAGCGAGUACAACCAGGCUUCCCGUACAAACAGUCCAGAGCCAGAGCCCCCUUCCACUAACAAGUGGCAACUGGACAGCUGGCUGAACAAAGUCCAGGCUCAGACCAAACCGCUGGUCCCUGCACAGCAGGAGCAUCAUGGCACAGGCUCCAUCAACCAGGAUCCGCAGACAUUUUCUCCCGGGAACGAAGCACCGGGAGAGGGCACCGCUGCCAAGACCAAGCCCUGUGGGUCCGGCAGCACACCUGUUUCCGCCGCUCCCGCAGCGGAGCACAAGGACAGCAGGACCGGCUUCUGCCCGGGCAGGGAGAAGGCCAAAGCCAAGCUGGGCCAGAAGGCCUCAGGGGAGGGUCAGAGGUCGAAGAUGAGGCUGUCGCCAGGCCUGUUGUCGGGGCAGGAGGUCCCGGCCCCAAGGAGGAACACCACCGGGAAGAAGCAGCCGCGCCGGGCCGAGAGGUCCAGCAGCAUAGAGGAGAACCAGAACCAGGCAUGGAGCCGGACCAACCAGCACAGCCCUGCGGCAAGAGAGAAGGACCUGUUGCCCCCGCCUCCCCUGGAGCACCAGAACCCCCCCAGGCCGCGGGGGAAGCCUCUCAGCGGGAAGACGGCCCCGAGGAAAGAGCCUCGCAGCGCCACCAGCUCAGCCACUCCACCGGCCGUGCUGCAGCAGACCGCUGCGCCUCUUCCUGCCGUCACUGUGAACCAGGAUAAGAGGAAACACAGAGGUCCCAGCACCAAAAUCACACCGAAGUCCAGGGAAUUCAUCGAAACGGAUUCCUCCUCCUCCUCGUCGGAAUGCCAGUCGGACGGCGAGGAAGCCACCAAGAUCCCGUCUCUUCCAGCCCAGACGACGCGCUCAGCCGUCAGCGCCCAGAUGCUGGCCAACGCUCACAACCACGCGCCUCUGCUCCCGUGCCUUGGCUCUGCCGCAGGGGCGGGAAGUCUGGGCACGUUCGCCGGAACUGGACUCCGAGUCAAAGACGGCGUCGGCGUAGUCGGCAGCGGCGGUGUCGGCAACGGCAACCUGCUGAGCAUCGGCAACAUAGGUGCUUCCUUUGGGAACUCGGUUCCAGAUCCCGGAGGGCCGGGGAAGGAUGCGGAGCCCGCAUCACCGCCGUCAAACGUGGGACACGAUGUGGCUCUGUCCCCUCUGAGGGAAUAUCACGAGGUUCAGAGUUUGUGGGUGAAAAUCGACUUGAGCUUCCUCAGCAGGGUGCCGGGGCAGACGGCGGGGGAAAGAGCCAGGAUCGGAGUGGUAGAACGGGAAGGGAACGCGGGGAGGGACAGGGAAAGGCAGAAGCUCACGAAAGGGGAGAGACAAGAAGAAGAAAACGAGCGUUUAGUGAAAGACAAAGAAAGGCAAGGAGAGAGAGGGAGGCAGACUGACAGAGAGGACAGGGAGAGGUUUGGAUUUGGGGAAAGGGAGAGGACUGUGGCGAGGGACCGAGAGAAGAUUAGUCAGGGUAUGGGGGUACUGGAUAACCCCCCUGGGCAGGAGCAGGGUAAUCCCAGGCUGGCUGGGCGGAUGGAGAGACUGGAGAGCGGAGGUAAACACAGAAGGCUGGCGGCCGCAAACAUGGUGGCUCCCACAGAAAAACACACCAGCAAGAGCAAGAGGAAACACAAGUUGGACCACGGAGAAUCAUCGGUCAAGUGUAAUAAGAAGCUGCGCCUGGACAAAGACUGCCUGCUCCUCCCACCAUGCAUCUCUCCAAUACACAACCACAAGAGCAGCUCUGCAGACGGCUCUCUGAACAGGAAACAGACCCGGCGGCGUGACGACAAGCUGCUGCCCCCGCUGCUGUCGCCGCUGUCCGAUGAGCCCCCCCGCAAGCGGGCCUGCGACGGCGGCCCCUCCCUCGCCGAGGAGGCCGGUGCGGUGGGGAUGCUGCCCUGCUCGGCGUCCUCUGCCGCCGCCUCGUCGCACAGACACCGACGGGGCGAAGGGAAGGCGACGGCGCACGCUAGAAAUGGCGGGGACAUGGAGUCCCACUGCGAUAAACCUGGCGGAGAUGGUUACCAUGCCAACGGCCACUCUGACGCGGAGGUGUGGUCCGAGGCGAUGAUGGACCAGUCCGAACCGCGAAGGCCGAGACUGUCGUUCACCGACACAGUCCACAGUGCAGAGUACUACAUGCAGGAAGCAAAGAGGCUGAAGCACAAGGCCGACGCUUUGACGGACAAAUUUGGGAAAGCGGUGAACUACGCAGACGGCGCCCUCUCCUUCAUAGAGUGCGGGAACGCCAUGGAGCGAGAUCCGCUGGAGGCCAAAUCGCCGUACACCAUGUACUCAGAGACGGUGGAGCUCAUCAGGUACGCCAUGAGGUUGAAGAACUUCACCAGCCAUUCGGCCACCGUCUUGGAGAAGAGACUAGCUGUUCUGUGCAACCGCUGUCUGUCUCUGCUGUAUCUGAGGAUGUUCCAUCUGAAGAAAGACCACGCUGUCAAGUACUCGCGCUCGCUCAUGGAGUACUUCAAGAAUUCGGCGAAGAGUUCCCAUCAGGCCCCGUCUCCGUGGAGGAGCAACGGAAAAGUCAACGGGACGCCGUCGCCCCUCUCACUCAGCCCGUCUCCUGCCAGCAGCGGAGGAGCGCCAGCAGCAGCAACAGGAGGGGGAGGGGCAUCGGGGUCGUCCGGUAGCGUGGCGAUCCCCCAGCGGAUCCACCACAUGGCCGCCAGCCACGUCAACAUCACCAACAACAUCCUGAGGAGCUACGAGCAAUGGGAGACGGCCGACAGGCUGGCCGCCGACAGCAGAGACUUCUUCCAGGACUUGGACUCGGCGAUGGGGGGGGCUCUGAGCCAGCAGAGCAGCAUGGUGGAGCUGGUGCGCUACAUCAGGCAGGGACUGCACUGGCUGCGCUCUGAGGCGCAGCUGCUCUAGAGGCUGGAGCAAAGCAACGGGAACUAGAGCUGACAUGAGACCCAUCCCACUGCAACCCCCUCAAACCACACACACACACACACACACAGAGCGAGGAUGAUCACUGGGCCCAAAUUCCCCCGCAGUGAUCCAGGUGAAACACCUGAGGAGAUGCAGAACACGCCCAAACCCUCCGUUAAGACAAACCAACAGGAAGAAGCUAAAAGUUAUUACUUUCUUAAGACGGAUCAUUUUCUGGAAGAUAAGUGAGCGUCUGAUGUGAUUAAGGCGGCUAAAUGUGGCCAGAGAGCUGAGCGGCGGAGCAGCGAGGUGUCAGUGAUUGGGUCUGGAUCUGAAGCCUGAGGCUGAUAUGGAUCCGGCUGGAGGAGAAGCCGUCCAGUCCAUCAGAUAAGGACCACAGCGGUGAGGGGAAAGAGGCCAGCCUGUGACCCCCUCACACUCCCUGAGGCAGAUUCAAACCGGGCCGAACUCAGAACCUCGACUGGAGCCGAAACCGGCCGCCGUUGAGUCCAGACGGUUCUGAUUGGAUUUGUAUUACAAUGGUGUUAAACACAGAUAAUCUUAAUAUUUAAGGUGACAAAUCCCACUUAUUCCAAAGUACAUAUUUAGCACUUAUGGGACAUGUGUCAAACUCAUGGCCUGAGGGCCAAAUCCGGCCCGCUGUAGUCUAUUAUGAGGGACACAUGAUCACAACCUUUGACAUAAUGUUCUCAAAUACUCAUCAGUCCAAUCGUUAUCAAAGCAGUUUCUCUGCAUACUGCCAAACUACACCAAUCAGUCCCUCCAGGUUUUUGCAAUGCCAUAAAAAUUCACAAAAAAUUGUAAAGUUUAUUACAAAUUUUACCCAAAACGUUCAAAAACUUUACGCUCAAGAGACUAACUCCCAGCUUCAGGUGGCAGCAUGUCUCACUUUUACUACACUGAUGCUUCAAAUUUACCUGAUGUCACGUUACAGGCCAUAUAGUGAAUAAAGACAAAAAAAUACCAUCAGAUAUGAACUCAGAUAUUUCUACAUUAGCUCAGAUUUUGGUGGCAAAAAAACAAAAAAUCACAUUUUCAGAAUCCUGGAUGGACUGAUCAGAGUGAAAAGGCAUUUAAUAUGCUUAAAUUUUAAGAACUUAUUGAACACAGAGACAGCUGUUGGUUAAUAUAUGAACAAUUAGCAUGCGUCAUCAGUACAUUCUGGUGAUACUGGUCUUGAUGCGCUCCAAAAUGAAAAUGAGUUUGACCUCCGGAUUACGGUAUGAAGUUGACAAAUCGUAGUUAUAUCAGAAAAGGAAGGAAGUAAGUGACACUGUCUCUUUAAUUAAAGCUGCUGGCCUAAUGCAGUGACAUCUCUGUUUACUUUGCCUUUUUUAUACAUAUUUUAAGUAAAAUAAAAGUCUAGGUUCCUCUGAUGACAUCACGUCAGGCACAGAGCAACUUAUCAGUUUUCAAGUUUUCUUAUUGCUAUUCUUUCCUAUUCUGACAUUUUUAAAACAUUCAUCUAUGUUUUUAUUUCUGUUUGAGUUCAAAUGAUUCUCAUCUUCUUCUUCAGUUUGUAUCCAUAAAACUGAGCAAAACCUCAAGCUUUUCAUUUCUGCGCUGAUAUGACGUGGUUUUUCAGUCAUAUUUUAAGCUCGUCCAGGUGUGAAUUUUAAAUGCAUGUCUCAUUUAAUGGAAACACCACGAUUGCGAAAUUGAGUUUUUUCCAACAUUAGCAGAAUGUCAACAAAUUUUAUACACUUUUGUAAUGGAAAAGCAUCAACAAAGCCAAACCACUUGCACCUUACGUGCUUCAUAAUUCACCCGCUGCUUUGCCGUAACGUUAGCACUCAGACGAGCUUUAUUGUGCCUUUUGUGAUGUCAUCAACAAGAAUGAACAAGUUAAAUUUGCAGAGGUUUGUUCUUCAGUGCACUUUUUAAAAAUGGUGCAUUUUGUGAAAUUCUAACUUAAUUAUCUAAUUGUAGUUUUGUUUGUCUUUGCAUUUAAAUAACACCAGAUGGUAUCUUUAAUGUUGUGUUACCUGGUAACACAGAAGGACGAACAGACAAAAUCGUACAAUACGGACACUAUGAAAUGAAAUGAGCUUUCUGGUGAAACAAGGUGUAAAAUGUGAUGCACAUCACUGCUGCUGGAAUUUAGGUUGCACUUUUUUUAGCUGUAGCUACAGGAUUUACUCUCACAUUAUUGAUCAAUAGAUGAGCUUCUGAUAUUUUUAAUGACAAGUGGACACUGAGACGUAUAGCCUUUGAGCCUGUUGGUCGUAAAGUGCCAACAGUGUCAUUUAUUUCCAGGAGCCUCCAAAACAAAACUCUAAUGCCUUCCAUUUGCUUUAUCAUGAUAUAAAGCUAUGCCAAAAUCCAAUUCUUAAAUUAAGGCCAGAAAUAUUCAAUAUUUUACCAUUAUACCUUAAAUAUGGCUCAUAUGAGUAGUAAACAAAAUAAUUUAAGUAAACCGCUUGGCUAACUUAGGAGCUAGCUAACCUUUGUUAGCUUAGACCUCAUAGCUAAGCUUAGCUAGUUGCUAAGUUAGCCAAGUUGUAAGCAAACACCUUGGCUAACUUAGCUGGUGUUGGGACGCUUAUCCAGGAUUGCAGACAUACUCAGGCACACACAGCUGUUUUUCCACACAUAGCAUGUUUCAUUUAUAAACAAAGAGCUUUUUGGAGGAAUGAAACUUGACCUUGCAUGUUUCAAAGCGUCUACUCUUACCCUCACAGGCUAAUUUAUUGUGACGUGAAUACACCAGGAUUAAACUGCAUCUGAUCAAAAACGGACGAUCCAUUCCUUAUCUCUACGACACGCCUCAUUGGUCGUCUGAUGAACUACGUCAGCUAAGGAAUGUCUGCUGAGAAGUAACUUGAUAUCAUGGCGUCAGCUUAAGUUUCACUUCUACAGAAAGCUCUUUGUUUGAAAGUGAAACAUGCAAGGUCAAGUUUCAUUCCUCCAAAAAGCUCUUUGUGUAUAAAUGAAACAUGCUAUGUGUGGAAAAACAGCUGUGUGUGCAUGAGUAUAUGUGCAACCCUGGAUAAGCGUCCCAACACUAGCUUCCUUGUUUAUAAGUCAAACAAGAUGGCUCUGGGUAAAAAAUUAAGUUUGGGGAGUAAACAUCACCAAAACAAGUUUCCUCUUUAUUUCUUAGUCAACUUAGCUCACUUACUCUUUCUGACUAUGCUAAGCUUAGCUAGCUGCUAAGUUACCUGCUUACAAACGGCUAACUUAGAUAGUUGCCUUGUUUAUAAGUCACAUGAGUUGGUUCAGAGUAAAAAAUGAAGGUUAGUGAGUAAACGGCAACAAAACAGGCUCCCUGUUUACUUCUCCUCUGAACGAGGGCUUCUUCCAUCAAACACAACAGCAACAGCAUGUCUUUUGCUGGUCAUGGGCUUUUUGUGAAAUUUCUGCUCAGUUCUAGUUCCCAUAGUAACCCACCCACUAAGGUGUCAAACACUUACAGAAAAGGGGGAGAAAAACCCCCCCAAAACUACUAGACUCUGUAUGAUUUGGUUCCAAUGAAGCCCCCCACCCUCCCACAUGCAGAGCAAGUGAAGGAGGAAGAUCUCCCGUCUGCUCCUCUUCCUCCCCCCCGAUGUCAAAGCGAAUCUGCGACUUUGUACAGCACUAGAUGAGAUCCGAUCAUCUGCUGGAUCCUCUUCUAGACGUUUCGUCGUGUUGUUGUUGUUGGUGUGUAUACGUGUACAGCUGAUUGUCAAGUCUAUCUAAACAAUAAUGAUGUUUGUGUAACAUACUGUACAGAUUGUGACACCUAGAAGCCGUGUACUUGAGUGUUUGUUAUUUUUUAGUGUCUUGAGUCAAUGUGAAAGAAUGGAUAGGAGCGUGGGUCGUGUGUGUGUGUUGGUGUGUGUGUGUGCGUGCACAGGCUACGGCUGUAUUUACACAGCACCAAAGCUGAAGUGAUUUUUAACCCUUUGUGGUACAUUCAAAAGACGAGUCCCCACUGUUUCUGUGUUGCUUAUUGUGCUACAAAAGCUUAAAAUCAACAUUUCCCCCCCUGUACGCUUUCUGUAAAUCCAGCAUGAGUUUCAUAAGUUCUGGAUCAUUCCACCAUGGCUGAAUGUGUGUGAGAGGACGACGUGGAUGUGGGAAGUCAUUUUCACUUUAACAUGGAAAAAAGAAAGAAACUCAAGUGCCUCUAUUUGUGUCCAGUUGGAGUUGCUCUAUUUAUUUAAAAAAACAAAGAAUGAAUCUAAAUAAUUUUCCAUACCAUAUUGGUAUAAAUAUGAAUUUUUUUUCCUCGUUUUUUGUAUAAUCAGAUGUCUCCAUAAGCUUUUUUUACUGGCGUUGUGACGCCAGAGGUUUGGCUUUAAGAUGGAAAAAUAAAAGCGAGUGAUUAAACGUGUUGAAUUAGCAUCUGUUGCUGUAUUCUGAUCUCUUGAUGAUUUGAUGAAGUUUCAGUUUUGUCUGAAAUGCCUGAAACUUUAAAAAUCAUUGCAUGCAAUAAAUGGUAGCGUCAGACCAACAAUUGCUUGUGUUCAUUUGGAGAAAGAGGAAAAGAAAAACCGUCUGUUUUGUGUUGCGUAUUUCACUGAAUGUGUGAAUGUUUUACGAGCUAGCUGCUGUAAAUGAGCAUUACUAAUGGUGGCUGUUCGGACGUUCAAGAACCUAAAAACACUUAAAAAGGCACAGUAAUAUUACUUCUACCAUUCUUGGGUGGUAAAAUGACUGAUGGAAAAUCAACAGGAAUGUAAAAUAGUUUGAUUAACUUUGCUAGCUAGCUUAGCUAGCUGCCUGGUCUGGUUCUGGCUAAAAGCACAAAUGAACACAUCACUGGUGCUUGUUUUGAGCAAAAAUCAAACCUACAACAAUUUUUUUUAUCGUUUAAAAUGAAGUAUUUGGUUAGUUCUUACUUUAUUAGUAUUUACUACCCUUAGCCUAAGCUUUGCUCAGGUGUUUUUAAGGCCAAAUUAGCCUGAUUUUCAACAACAGCAUGCUGUCCUCGCAGCUUUUUUCUUGAUACAUCAACUAGUAAAAAUGUUUUCAUUUGCUGCCUGUUGAGUGACUGGUUUUAUGGAAAUGCCGAAAGUGUAAUUAUGUCAACAUUUCGCCAGCAUCUAAACUUCUAAUGUAGCAUGAAAUGUCCCAGCAGCUCUUAAAAUUCAAACACAUUUCUUGGUUCUGUUGGAAUUAUGUCUAAAAGACGAGCAGUAUGAAUAUCCAUACUCACUGAUUUUACUGAAAUAUUCUUGAAUGGCAACAAUUUAAACAUGUAGGAAGAACCUGAUGGUGACGGUUUGUUACCUUUGACCUGUGACCUGGCUAAAGAGCUUAGCUUUUAGCAUAAAAAGCUGUGCAGAGCUGGGAUAAAUAUGAAUUAUAUUUGUAUGCUGAAAAUUAGACUCUCAAAGUCAGAAAAGUCAACAGGAAUGUUUUUCAAAUCAGAGUUCAGUUCGUCAUUGGUCCGUUUGUGAUUUUUUUUAAAACUUCAAUUUUAUUUUAUUUUGUCAGUCCUCUGAUUAAAAAUUCAACAUUCGAUGAAGAAAUCAGCUUUUUCGUUUAAUAAGGCCGUUUCAGAUCUACAGUGAUUUACAGAUCCCCUCAGGCUCUUUAUUAUAUUAAAUUAUGUUUAUAAUUGAGAUUCAUUUUCCAAAUCAAACUAAUUUUUACACUUGUAAUUGAAUGAAAAAUAAAUAUGGUGCUUUCAACUUCCACUUCCUAGUCUUGACACGACUGAUCUAGAGCGAUAUAAAUAUAAAUAGGCAAAUAUUUUUUACGUCUAGGGUUUAUAUAAAAGGUUUUUAAGAUUAUAAAUUACAUUUUCUGCUCAAAAUCAUUCAAGUGUGAAAUUAGGAGUUCUCAGACAAUAAGACAUAUUUCUAUUAGACGUCACAUAUGACAUCCAUAAAUAACCCAGAUUGAUUGUAGCUUAAUUUUUGGUAAAAACAUGAUCCUAAUGUAUUUUUUUAUUUCAUGUUUUCUAUCCGGGGUUCUCCGAUUUAGAACAAGUUGACCAACUUUGCAUUGGGGCUUGACAGGAACAUUACAGCAAUGUAGUGUUUGAGUCGCAGCACAACUGGUAAAUAUUGAACUAAAGCAACAAAUCAUUUUUAUGCAACCCGAUAUGACUGUGUGUCUUCAUCUAAUAUGUUUUGGAAACAGACUUGCUCAGCUUGCCCUGUUAUACUGCUGCCAUCUCAUUAAGGAUCUCAUUAGUUCUUGUUGCAUUAUCACAGUUGUCAACAAAUUUAUGAAAGACAGUAGUAAGAAGAAAACAUUAUUUUUGCAAUAAUUACAAUGGAAGCUUUAAUGCGUGUUGCUAGCAGAUGUGUCAAGCCAGUAAUACUUUGAUAAUCUCUCCAGCAGUGGCAACGUUUUCCAUUUCAUUAAGUCACAGAUAAAGCUUAUUAUUUCUAGAAAUAACCCCCAGAGAGGAUAAACAAUGUUGUGCUUUUAUGCACAUUCAUCUCCAUAAUUCAUCAAAUGUUUGAUUGUAAUGAAAAGUCAGCCGAUAUGUGAAGGUAUCCGUUUUGAAGUUGGAGUGUAAAUUGGCAAAGGGUUGAAAUGACCUUUAACCCUUUGGAGCAGCUGAACUGCUGAUUUAGCAUCUACUGUAUCCCAGCUCAAUUGUGAUGAAAUCUGAAAUGUGGUUUUAACAUUUGCAUGCCUAAUUUUUAUCCCAAAUAAAGCGUCCAUUCCUGUUUUGCACCCUUAUAUUGAAAACUGGAUACGAUUUGUGGAUAAAUUAGAUAAUUGCUCAGAUUUAAUUCAGAGUAGUUUUGCAAUUUUCUGACAACUUUAUAUUGCAUCUAAUGUCUGCCCAUUUUGGACUAUUCAACAGAUAAAACCAAAAUAAUUGUAAGGAACCUAUCUUUAAUAUUUAAAGGACUCAUGAAACCAGAUUUCCAUGCGAUAGACAAACCCAUCGUUGUGGGUAAGAACUGACAGGUGGUCAUAAAGAAACGCUCAGUGCCAAAUGGCGUCUUUUCCCACCUCAAACAAAAAUAACAAGUAGCUAAAUGACCAGCACUCUGGAGUAAAAGUUAUUUAGCUUAGCUAGGUCUGUUGUUUACCUGGAAAGUGCAGCUAGUUUUUAGCUAGCUCAGCAAAGCUUGCUAAAAGCAAAUAUGAUGGAAUCUAAAACAAAAUGAACAAAUGUACAAAAUGGUAAAGCAGCUAAAUGACCAGCACCCUGGAGUAAAUGUAGCUUGUUAGUUAGCUGCCUGUUGUUUACCUGAUAAAGUGCAGAUAGCUUUUAGCUAGCUGGGCAAAGCUAGCUCUCAUUUUGAUACCAAAGUUGGAAUAUUACUCAACACCUUCUCUAUCUUAUUUUCACAGAAAUAAGUGACUUGUCCCAUAUUAUUGUGUAAAUUUAUUCUUUCAAAUUCUACAUUUGUAUUCCAACCAAAUUAAGCUAGCAUUUUAGUAAAUUGCUGCAUGCAGCAUGUUUCUGAUAAAUUAGCUGACAAUGAUUUUGACCCAUAUAAAACCGACCCCAUUUUUUAUAUUUUUUUUAAAUUAUGUUAUUUGAGUAGAAUUAAUUUGCAAUUGUCUCUUUAGAAAUAUGGUGGCUUUAGAUUUAAAAUUUUAAAAUGAAACUUUGAAAAUGUGAGAUUUCUGGCUAAUGUUGCUAAAAUGCUAAUUGCCCAUUGAUCUUCCAGUCCAUGGCCAUAUAUUGUAAAGUACAGCAGAGUUUCUGUCUGAAUUACUGCACUGAAAACCCAGACAGUGACCCUGAAAGCAGCUCAAACUCAUCAUGCCAUGCAGUGAUCAUGGACUCAGUUCAUAUCCGACUCAACUUGAAUGCUCCAGUGCAGCCACCAGCGGUUUUGCAGCAGCAUGGUGACUCUGAUCUGGUCUGUGAGCGGAUCCCAUCAGAACCACUGGCUAAACAAAAAGAUCAGUGCAGAACACGGCUGAGAGCACGUCAGUCCGACGUGGGUUUGUGUCGUAUCCUUCAAAACGUGUCGCACAACCUCCACUGUUUUUCUUUUUCUACCAGUGCUAUCUUUUGGGCCUUUUUUUCUAUAGUUCUUUUUUAUAAUGAGGUUGUUCUAUGUGAUGAAGAUGAUGAUCAAAAAGUUGUGAUGCAGUUCCAUUGUUUUUAAAUAUUUAAUGUCUCUGAAAUAUGGAUUAAAACCUGUU